UGACUGCAUUCUAAAAUUGAGAAGAACCAAAGUGGACUUUUGAGGUUUGACUUUUGUUUUCGUCUCGAAAACGCAAAGAAAAUGGCGCUUUUGAAUAGAAAAUUCAAAGAAAAGACUACAGAAGAGAUAGCCCUGCUUAGUGAACCACAGAAAGUUGUUCUUGUUGAUGUAGACGAGGAGGAAGAUGAUGAUGAAAGCGAAGUCUACACACACCAUGGGAUAACUUUAUGGGUUUCGGACGCUGUCAUUUUGCUUGUACAACAUUUACAGAUAUUCGCGCUUUUUCUCGUCAUGUCAGAACGCUGGGGCUAUCCACGGGACUUCAUACGUCAUCUCAGAUACAUUUUCUUCGUAAACUUGGAUGUUUGGGAAUACCUGAAAGUCAGUAAAAUUUUUUCAUCCACGUACACUGGUUCAGCUACGGGCUUUGUUCCGUCGUCCGUUCUUCCGUUCACAUAUCAGUACUACUUCAUAGCAUGGGUCGCUUUUAUAUUCGUCGUGUGUAUGACCUUUCUAGGGGCAUACCUGUAUGUUCUACACAAGAGACCGUUAUACAUGCUUCUUCAUAUUGCCAGAAUGAAGCGAGUGUUUUGUGUUACUGUACAGCUGAUGUGCAUGCCAGUAGGGAUUGCAGUGGCGAGGGUGUUCCACUGUCGUAGGGAUGACCAGGGUGUUGUGAUAUGGAAUGCGGAUAACGAUCUCCAAUGCUGGUCUAUGCCACACUACAUAUAUGUUGCAGUUGCACUGUUAAUUGGACUUUUGCUCUUUAUUGCUUACCCUAUCAACCUCAUCCGCAAGACCCGAGGUCAGGUCAUCUCGUUCAACCCAGAGAAGCAUGAGGGUUACUUGCAGCUCAAGGAAGCAGAGUACAACCAGGGAUUGGACAUCUUAUGGGCCGUUGGCCAGUUUCAUCUCUUCUCAUCAUUCAGACGCAUGUGGAUCUACUACCGCCCCAUCAUGUUCUUCUUGAAGUUCUUCUUGCUUUGCUUUUUUGGUGCCUCUACGUAUUACACCAAGACAACAACAAAAGCAGAGAAGCUUUACUUGAGCAUUCCGAUUGUUCUCUCCUUUGUGGUAAUUAUGUUUGUGAUGCUGUCGUCCAGUGUGUCAAGGCCUCCUAUGAAGAGAUGUAGAGCAUUCACCUUCUGGCUCAUACGCAAGUUUGUGACUGAGCUUUUGAACUUGUUAUUCAAUGUCAGGUUCAGCAUACUGUUGCCAAAAUUGAUGCUGGUAGUUGUUGCAUUUGGAUUCUACAGUAUCCACUCUUCUGGUGGGGCGAUGGGUGCACUGUUGUCGCUGAUGAUGCUCACAAUGCUGAGAUGCCUGCCAUUCCGAAUCCGCUCGUUCAACUUCAUGAUCAUUUUCAGCCUUUUGAUGAACAUAGCUAAUGCUUAUCUUGGCUGUGUUGUAGAGGAGUACCAAAAUGACAGCAUGGUGAGCUCCUUGGUAGUGCAUCCUUAUCCACUCUAUGCCCUGAUUACUGUGAAUGGACUAUGGACAGUUGUUGCCAUGGCAUGGGUCAUCUACUUGCUGCUUAGAUACUACCAAGUUGUUGGACAAGGCCGACCACUCUGGCCAAUGUUGUCAAAAGAUGGGAAGAGUAUGGAUGGUGAAACCAAGAAAUAUAUGCAGGCUGUGUUGCGUGGCAGGCAUAUCUUAGAAAAGGCCCUCUCAAGUCCGGCUAUCUUUGCCCCUGUGCAUGAGUUAGAGCGCCAGAUUCAUAUCAUCAAUGCAUAUUGCCGCGAAGCAGAGUAUUUAGAGGACCCCACGUUCGAAUCCCUCUGGGAUCUGCUGGAUGAGCUUAUUGAAGCUCACAGAGCUCUUUCACCACAGUCAUUAUUCUCACAAUCCAAUAAGAAGUCGGUGCGUGAGACUGCCAAGGAGUUUAUGAAAAUGAUGCCACAGAUGCGCAAGCGCCUUGACCAAAGGGAGUAUGAUUUCAUCCUGAUGAGUCCUCUAAAAAAGCGUAUGCUUCUAAAAAUGUAUGUUCUUGGAGCCUUUGUGAAUGGCCGCUGUGACAAGAUAAGAUAUGAAGUCGAGAAGAAGGUACACAAGAGCCUUCAGAAAGCUGCUCAAACCCCAUCUGUCAUCUCCAGUGCAGAAUCUUUUGAGUGGGAUAGUUUGUAUGGUUCUAAAGACCCCUAUGCUACCACUGAUACCUAUGGCACCAAUUCCAGCAUUGGAAGUCGUCCAGGUACAUCCAUGAGUUCCCGCAGUGUGGACAAAUUGCUGGAUGCUGUCGAUUAUUGGGAGGAGGAGCAAGAUAUUACCAAAAGAAAUCAUGACUCUCUGGACAGAGAAAUAUCUCAACAGUUGGUGACUUAUGACAGCUUGCCAUCAGAUUCCACAUCAUCUUCAGGAUCUCUUCCUGGCCAGGUCAACAGCUCCCAAGAGAAUGUUAGACCAUCCAUUAGCAGCCGCCCUAAAAGUGCUCCUCAAAGAGUACAGGAACAAAGUGGCUCCAAAGCAUCACUUAUGACCCUCUAGGCCAGAACCACAGUUAGGCCAGAACCACAGUUAGGCCAGAACCACAGUUAGGCCAGAACCGCAGUUAGGCCAGAACCACAGUUAGGCCAGAACCACAGUUAGGCCAGAACCACAGUUAGGCCAGAUCCACAGUUAGGCCAGAACCACAGUUAGGCCAGAUCCACAGUUAGGCCAGAUCCACAGUUAGGCCAGAACCACAGUUAGGCCAGAACCACAGUUAGGCCAGAACCACAGUUAGGCCAGAACCACAGUUAGGCCAGAACCACAGUUCGUUAGGGGAGUCAAGGAUAUGGUGGCUUGUUGGUGGUCAAAGAGUACAGGAACAGAGUGGCUCCAAGUCAUCACUAAUGACCGUCUAGGCCAGAACCAUUUCUUUAUAGAGUCAAGGAUAUUGUGGCUCCUUGGUGAUCAAGAGCACAAUGGCAUCAGGCCAACACCUAUCUUCCAACAGUCAUGCUAAGAAUAACUAAUGUACAUUGUAGAUACAAGACAUGCUCCCUGAAAUAUCUGGAGGAUUUAAAGAGGUAUACCUUGUUUAAAUAGAUAGCUGAGACACUCCCAAACCCCUAUGGUUUUCAGCACUUUUGAUGAGAUUAUCUUCACUCAAACAAGCUACCCAUUAGCGUCAUUUUGUCUAUGACCUGCCUUAAAAUGCCUGCAAGGGAGGCUGUGUAUGCCCCUACUGUUUGCUUUGAAUAUGUAAAAAGAAGGCAAUGCAACUUCACAUACAAUGCAAGAUGAAAUAUGCAUGCCUUGAUAAAUGCUCAUGUGACAAAUCUUACAGUUACUUGUUUGCCAUUACAGUGAAUUACUGUGACUAAAGGGGGGAUUCAUAAAAAUUGAUGUUGAGUUUCUGUACAUAUCUUGUAAAUAGUCGUUAUUUUGUUAAUUAUCCAGUCUUGUCGAAACAAUUUUAAUAUGUAGUUAAAGAUGUCUGUGCAAGCAUUUCAGUAUGAGGAAUUGAAAGGUAUUUUUACAAAUUUGUAUUUACUACAAACUUUGUAUUUACUACAAACUCCCUAAUAGCUUGUUGGUUUUGUAUUAUUUUACCAAUAUUGUAUGCUAUUUAUUUUCGAAAAGAACAUGAUAAUAAGCAAUACAUAAAUGGAAA